AUUACUCAUUUUGAUUUCGGAAAUCGCAUUUUGAUAUCACGAAUCCAUUUCGCAUCAAUUUUCCUUGAGUUUUCGCACACGAAAAACAAUUUUUCCAUAAUUUCAGUAACAAAUUUCUUGUGAAUUCAUCAAAUUUUAUCAAAAUCAGCUACAAGAUGCCAUCAAAAGCUGUUUGCGUUUUAGCCGGAGAUGUCAAAGGCACCAUUUUCUUCGAACAAGAUGCGGCGAAUUCUCCCGUUAAAGUAACCGGCGAAAUUACGGGACUCGCAGCAGGCGAACACGGCUUCCAUAUUCACGAAUUUGGCGAUAACACGAACGGAUGCACUUCGGCAGGACCUCAUUUUAAUCCGCAUGGAAAGGAUCACGGAGCUCCCGGAGAUGCGAUGCGUCAUGUUGGCGAUUUGGGAAAUGUCACUGCUGAUGCUUCGGGCGUUGCAAAAGUCAAUAUUACCGACAGCCAAAUCUCGUUGAGCGGCGAACAUUCCAUUUUGGGACGUACAGUUGUCGUUCAUGCCGAUGUCGAUGAUUUGGGCAAAGGCGGGCACGAAUUGUCGAAAACCACGGGAAAUGCAGGCGCUCGUUUGGCAUGCGGCGUUGUUGGGAUUUGCAAAGCUUAAAAAAAUUGGAGAAUUUAAUUCGAAAUUGUAAUCAGCAAUGUUUCUUGUACUAAAAAAAAAAGUUUCUUAUAGUGGUUAUGGGGGAGAGAUUUUCUAAAAAAAACUCAUGAAAUGAGAUAAUUAAGACAAAAAUGUAGCUUUGAAUGGAAAAAAUGAAUAAAUUUGGAUAGAAAUUCUUUAAAAGACCUGAAAUUUAAA